CUUUGACGACCAUGGUGACACGACCAGGCAACGACUCCCAUGACCCUCCACCCAAUUUCUCGACAACGCCUCGACUUCCUUGGUCUGUUCUGACCGUCUUGUCGUUGGUCUCGCUCGUCGUUGCAGGUCCAGUUCAACGCGAUGAGCAGCAGCUUCAGCGCCGUCAAGACCGCCCCGGGUCGCCUGGCGUCCCAGCUUCGAUAUGGAUCCCCGUCGUGGUCGUGGUCGUCGUCUUGCUUGGUCUGGUGCUAGUGUCAUGUACGAACAAAAAGUUGCGAGCACGGGUCAUGCCUGGCCGAACCACCGUUCAGAAUCCAGCAGCUCCAAGAGAACUCACCGCAGAGCAACUUGCGGGUACUAUCAAUGGCGCAGCUGCCAACCAACCAGUGGCCCGAACAAGAAGGGCUCGUCGGCCUCGACGGACUCCAUCCCAGAUGUCAGUAACCUCCCUCCCUGCCUACAACAAAGAACCUGGAGAACAGGAGCUAGUGGUUAUCCGCGGAACAGAUGCGCAAGACGUUCCCGCUACAGCCACAAUCAUUCCCGAAGAAGAUGGAGAGAGCUCACUGAACUCUGGAGACCAAUCUCGUGGAGAGAGAUACGCCCCCGUGCCAUCAUCUCCCAAUGAUACACCGCUGCUUGACGAUUACCAGAACAACGACAAUGAGCGCGAUGUCGUCGCAAAUCCCAACAGCGAUCCCCCAAGUGCAUCAAGAGAAACGACGGCCCUGUUGGACGCUAGCACUCCUGUCGAGAAUGACACCAGAGGAGAAGCACCGCCUUACUUCGAAGUGGUCGACAUCACAGAUGCACCAGCGCCAGCACCCACCGUUUCUGCUCCUGCUCCUGAAGCUCAGCCAUCUGCCUUAUCUUCGUCUGCAGUCACCAAUGCCAGUGCUUCUCCUCCAGCCUCCCCAGAGCGUAGAUCUGGUAUUCGCACCUUCUUUAACCGCAUGUCCGUCGCUGGCGCGCCCAGAGGAUUCACUCAUACGAGAGGAAAUUCGUCCAUGUCCCAACUUUCAUCUGACAUGUCGCAUGACCACGGCUCUCCUCCCCCUACAUCACGCCACCGGACAACUCCUUCUGCUGGCAGUUCUUUCUUCCGACCACUUUCACGCCAAAGAUCUCCAUCAACACUCAACAGUGGUAGUUCUGCACGACUUAACUCUCCCUCGCUUAUCUCCCUUGAUUCCAUUUCAGCGCCACUCACGCACACACUCAUGCGCACCGAGUUCACUUAUCCCAAGUCCGGACCCACUCCCGAGCAGCUCAAGAUGAUCUCGUCUCGAGAGUCGAUCGGAAGGUUCGCAGUGCCCUAUGGAGAUGAUGCCAUUGCAUUUGCCAGUACUUCCCGUCUCGAUGUCAGCUCCCCGCCUCCCGACUUUGAUACUGCCGUAGGAAACAGUUCAAGCGGAAACCUCCGAAGUGCAGGCGUAAACGGCAGCUCGACUUCUCUCCACGUUCGAAAUGACAGUUCUGGAAUGCGAGCACCAUCGCCUCUGGCUCAAAGUGCGUCGCCGCCUGCCCCACCUGAACCCAGUGGCGAACCGGCGCCUACCACUGCGCCUGAGCCAUCCGGUGCAUCGGAAGAAGCCCCCGCUACCAUCAAAGCAAAGGGAGCCCUCGCUGAAAAGUUUACACAGGAGGAAGACGUUCCUCGUAGCGAUACAGCAACACCGCCCCGUGGCCAGACCCCAGUUGAAGAAACUGAUAAUCGCCGAGACACCAUCAUUCUUUCACCCGAACAAUCCAUCGCAGCGAAGUACAAAGCUCUACCCUUCUCUGCCACCGUCGCGACAACCAUCGGUCGAUCAGCACCUUCGUCACGGCCCUCUUCAGCACAGAUAGAUGAAUUCGGUGCACUGUCACCGAGGUCUCGCCCGCAAACGGCCAACAGCAUCAAUUCCAAAUACGGCACGGGCGUAUCUCACAUCUCUCAAGCAGGUCCUCCACCCUCUGCGUUCAACAUGAACGCCUUCCACGCGGACAACAUGUCUAUCAACACGCGUUCUGAAUCGCGAGCGAGCAUGUAUUCACACCAGACCUUCGAAACGGCCGCGGAGUCGCUUUCAGCGCGUACCAGUCGAAUGGGGUUCAACACCGAUCGCGAGACUGAUUACGACGAUUUCGACGAUGAUGAUGACUCGGACGAGUCGGAAAUCGACUGGCUUUCGGGAUCAAGAGCUAGGAGGACGACUUUGCAACCUUCAGCUGGUGGCUCCCAUCAACAGGAGGCUACGGAGGCGACAUUGAGAGCCCGCCGAAGCAAGCGGGAUACCAUCAUUGCCACGCCCUCCAAUUCAACUAUCGGCAAAACAACAGCAUAG